GAGGAGGAGGAGAGUGCCCUUCUUAACCCAGGAGGGCCUCCGGAGGGCCAGGGGCGACUGCUGCUGCCACUGCUGUUGCUGCAGGGACCAUGGAGAGGAAGAGCCCCAGCCCCAGCCCCCGGAGCCCCCCGGAGGGGAACAGCUGCCCGGAGAAAGGGCCCUGCGGCCCCGGGGAGAGCGAGCCCUCGCCCAGCUCCGCCGCAGCGCCCAUGCUGGCCGGGAUGGAGGUGGCCGAGGACCCGGAGAAGGGCGGCCCCAGCAGGGCCCCAGGCACCAAGGACCCCAGCUACAAGUGCCUCUCCCUGGUGUUGUGUGUUAUUGUCCUAACAACAAUACUAGGAUGUAUAUUUGGAUUAAAACCUAGCUGUACACGAGAUGUCAAAACCUGCAAAGGACGUUGCUAUGAGAGAACAUUUGGAAGCUGCCGCUGUGACAGUGAAUGCACUAAACUUGGGAACUGCUGCUUAGAUUUCCAAGAAGCCUGUAUAGAACCUGCUCAUAUAUGGACCUGUACUAAAUUUCGGUGUGGAGAAAGAAGACCAGAAUAUCGCUGUUCCUGUUCAGAUGACUGUGUGAAAAAUAAUAAUUGCUGUGCCAAUUAUUAUGCAGUUUGUGAAGGGAAGACAAGCUGGCUUGAAGAUAAAUGUGAGGAGUUAAAUGAACCUCAGUGUCCAGAAGGGUUUACAAAACCUCCAAUCUUGCUGUUUUCUUUGGAUGGAUUCAGAGCAGAGUAUUUGCACACAUGGGGUGGACUUCUUCCUGUUAUUAACAAAUUACGGAACUGUGGAACAUACACCCGUGGCAUGAGACCAGUGUAUCCCUCAAAAACAUUUCCCAAUCAUUAUAGCAUUGUCACGGGCCUUUACCCAGAAUCCCAUGGCCUCGUGGAUAACAAAAUGUAUGACCCUAAGAGAAAUGCAUAUUUCACACUCAGAAACAAGGAGAAGUUCAGCCCCCAGUGGUACCAAGGACAGCCAAUUUGGCUGACAGCCAUGUAUCAAGGACUCAAAUCUGCUACCUUCUUCUGGCCUGCUUCAGACGUUGAUGUUAAUGGAACGUUUCCAGACAUCUACAGAUUAUACAAUGGGUCAAUACCAUUUGAAGAAAGGGUGGUAACUUUUCUUAGUUGGUUACAGUUACCAGAAGAUCAAAAACCACACUUUUACACUCUGUAUUUAGAAGAACCAGAUUUUUCAGGCCACAGAUAUGGACCAGUCAGCUCAGAAGUCAUUCUUGCAUUACAGAGAGUAGACAAAAUUGUGGGAUUACUGAUGGAUGGCCUGAAGCAAAUGAACCUGCAUAAUUGCAUUAACAUUAUUCUUCUUGCAGAUCAUGGGAUGGAGGCAGCCAGCUGUAACAAAGCAGCAUACCUAAAUACAUACUUGGAUGACGUUGAAGACUUGUUUGUUGUACCUGGCCCUGCACCUCGCGUAAGACCCCAAAAAGUUCCAGAUGAGUAUUACUCUUUUGAUUAUGAAGGCAUUGUCCAAAAUCUUACAUGUUUGGCUCCAGACCAACCAUUCAAGGCAUACUUGAAGCAGAUGCUUCCCAAACGAUUUCAUUAUGCCAAGAAUGACCGGAUUGAAGCUGUGCACUUGUAUAUGGACCAGCAGUGGCAACUUGCUCGGACACCCUCUGAACUCAAGUAUUGCACUGGUGGAUUCCAUGGAUCAGACAAUGUUUUUCCAAAUAUGCAGGCUUUGUUUGUUGGAUAUGGACCUGGAUUCAAGUCUCAAACUGAAGUUGAGCCCUUUGAAAACAUUGAAAUCUACAAUCUCAUGUGUGAUCUCCUUGAUUUGACACCAGCACCUAAUAAUGGAACUCAUGGAAGCCUCAACCACCUUUUAAAGAAAGCCAAUUAUAUUCCAAAGCAUCCCAAAGAAGAAAGUAAGCCUUCUUCAUGUCCUUUCACAGGGCUUAAAAUCUCUACAGAUGAUCCUCACUGCUCAUGUAAUUCUUUGGGCUUGCUACAUAUUCGACCACGGAUAAAUCUCACUAUUUCAGAAAUAAAGAAGAUAGAAAAAUACAAUCUGCCAUUUGGGAGACCCAGAGUACUCCAGAAGAAGCAGAUUUAUUGCCUUCUUCACAACCAACAUUCUGUCACUGGAUUUAGUCAAGAUAUCAAGAUGCCUUUGUGGAUUUCCUAUACUGUUAAAAAGCAUGAGAACUGGAAUGCCUCUGCAGAAGCCAUCUCAAGCUGUUUCCAUGUUGACAGUCGUAUUCCUUUAAAUGGCAGCCAGACUUGUUCAUUUUACAAAAGCCAUCCUCAGCUAAACUAUGGAUUUCUUUUCCCACCAAAUCUGAUAAAAGAUGAAAGAAACAGUAAAUAUGAAGGAUAUUUUUCAAGCAAUAUUGUACCAAUGUAUCCUGCUUUUCAAGUGAUUUGGAACUAUUUUAAUGCAAUUCUAUUACCAACAUAUGCUUCAGCCCGAAAUGGUGUAAAUGUGAUCACUGGUCCUGUGUUUGAUUAUGAUUACAAUGGUGUGUAUGAUACAUCUAAAGAACUAACAAGACUCUCAAAUAAUUCAGAAGUCCCACUUCCAACUCACUACUUCAUUGUAUUGACAAGUUGUAAAAAUGUUUCCCAAACUCCUUUGCAGUGUGAAGGAUCUCUUGAUGUUGUGUCUUAUAUUGUUCCUCACAGAAAAGACAACAGUGAAAGCUGUGCAGCCAGCAAGCUUGAGUCCUUGUGGGUUGAAGAGAGAAUGAAGAUUCAUACAGCCCGAGUGCGAGAUGUAGAACUUCUUACUGGACUUAGUUUUUACCAUGAUAUAAAACAGCCAGUAGCUGAUAUUUUGCAGUUGAAAACAUAUUUGCCAACUUUUGACAAAGCCUUAUAGUUUAAUUUUUGUAUGUUUUUGGAUUGGGCAAAAAGAGACUAUAUUGAAAUUUUCUGAGGAUGCUUGAGUACAGUGCAAGCAGGAAAGAAUCUGUGCCACAUUUAUAUCUCAGGGACAAUUUAUGGACCAAAUAUAGCAGAGAAGAGCAAUUUCUUUCUGCUUUACUAUCCACAUGAAUGCAAUAGGAGUGUUUUAUAUCGUUGCUAAAACCAAUCUGCCAAUGUUACACAAACAUAUGCACACAGGAGAGAAAAACCAGCCAUACUUUUCAACUCCAUUGAUGUACACAAUUUUUCCUUUGUUUUUUUAUUUUUUAUUUUUUUACAUAGUGAAAUGGUUCACUUUCAGUUAAUCCACUAAGUGGCAUUUCUAUUUCAAAAAUGAGAUAUAAUAUACAUAUUAUAUAAAAAUACAGCCAUGUUCUGUUUGUUGUUUUUCUGUACUGGAUGUUUAAUAAAUUCAGUGUAA